CGCACUGGGCAUGCGCAGUGGUCCUCCUCGAAGCCCAGGCAGCAGCAGCACGCAGGAUCUGCAGGAGGCUGCAGCGGUGAGCUAGGAGGGGGCAUUGUUGUCGUUCUGCUCGGACUGUGUGACAAGCUUCUGUUCAGGAAACAUGGCCGGGAUCAAAGCUCUCAUCAGCCUGUCCUUCGGGGGGGCGGUCGGACUCAUGUUCCUCAUGCUGGGAUGUGCUCUCCCGGUGUAUAAUACAUACUGGCCUCUGUUCCUCCUCUUCUUCUACAUCCUGGCCCCCAUCCCCUACUGUAUCUCUCGGAGGGUGGUGGAUGACACUGACUCGGCUAGUAAUGCCUGUAAAGAGCUUGCUAUAUUCCUGACCACGGGCAUCGUCAUCUCGGCCUUCGGCCUCCCCAUCGUCUUCGCCAGGGCCACAGUUAUCGCCUGGGGAGCGUGUGCACUGGUGCUCACCGGGAACCUGGUGAUCUUCUCCACCAUCCUGGGCUUCUUCAUGGUGUUCGGGACCAACGACGACUUCAGCUGGCAGCAGUGGUAGACGAGAAGAAGGAGGAGGAAGAGGAGUCUUGGUCUGAAUAGUUUAGUUUGUAUUUUUAAGUAGCGUUGCAAUGAUUACUGUUCUGAUUGGUUGGUUUUUAUUGUUAUUUAUACCGCGGGCCGCCCAUCCAUCCAAACACACAUACAAGACGUUCCCUGAGAGGCGAAACAUGACCCCCACUCUGAAGAUGAAGGUUUAAAGCGUGGUCAUCAUGAUGCAUACGUACGGUCAUCACGUUCCGGAAGAGGAGCUACGUAGACCAGAGAUGUGUGUUUUGUGUGCAAACGUGUUAAGAAAUGUUAAUGUAAAACCAAGAGUGGACCGAAUAGAAGGAAUCGUGUGGUCGUUUCAUGUUGGAUAAAGUUCUCAGUGUGGAAAAGAGAUUGAGCUUUUGCUGUUACUUCCCCUUACAUCCCGACCUCAGACCACGUCUUCUGUAGGCUAGACCCGCUAGAUUCUAACUCAAACAAUAAAGGUUCCUCACCUGCUGUUAACAAGUUCUCGCAACCGCUUAUCUUACGCAAAGGCAUUGAGGAGCAGAGGAAGCUUUUAUAUAGAUUCCAGCUGGGAAGGCUUUAGAUUAUUUAGUAUCACAUCGAAAAACCAAUGGAUGGAAAACAUCCAACACUGUCAGGUGUAGUCUGGGGGUUAGAUAACCCCUACCUGCUCCUCAACAUGGAUCUGGAGUCAGUUGAACUGCAUAGCUUCUCUGUAUCACUGUGAAAUGGCUGAAUACAGGACGGCUGUCCCAUUGUUCCGCCACACAGGCUCACUCCCUUGCCAAGCUCAUAUAUAUUGCGGUUCAUAUGUUGCAGUGGGUGAGGCUAACAGAAGCCCCCAGCCGGUGAGAGAUUAGCUUAGUUCGGCUUACAGCCAACAGUCAUGUGGUGUACUUGGCCUAACAAACCCUACUCACACCCAAAGCUCAGCCAAUCUACUCACACCAUUACCGGCUAGAUGUGACAUUCGUUUUGGACAGUUCAAUUGAUCUAUUUUUGUUUUCUCCUGUAGUUUCUUUGAGUUUAUGCCUUGUUUCCGGAACAUAAGAACAGCAGGGUCAAACUCAGGCCAGAGUACCCGUGUUGCUUUUACAGACCACUGGUUUCCUGGCAGCUUAGUGGAGUUCAACACCCUAGCUGAGUUACCCUGUGAGUGAGUCAGUAAGUAAGAGGCUAAGAGAGCGAGAGAGUGUGAAUGAGUGAGUGUAACAUUUCGUCUUUUAUUUGCAUGGUGCCCCCUGGGAGAUGCCAAAAUAAGGAUACUGAUUGGAUAUAAACUAAUUUGGAUUGGUUCCUCAUUUAGCCCACCUGUGUUGAGAUACUGUAUCUCCAGCACAACACAAUUUCAAGUGAAUUAAUUAAAAAUGUACCUUUUAUCUAAUGGCAUUGUUACAAACUACUGAUCUAUCUCGUGUGUAUUCCAUGUAACAGUGUGUUUAAACUGAAGACUAGGAGCAAACUGUUGCCUAUUUUCUCUUUGUUAAUAUCCCCUAAUCACCUGUCAUGCAUGUUUUGAUUUUGAGACUUAGUUUGACACUGUUAAGUCUUCCUCAGAGAUGCGCCCUGAAUCUUGAGAACUGGUGCGUUGUGUCUGUGGGGUUGGUUGGGUCUGUGCUUUCAUUUUGUUUUAUUUAUCUUACUUCGCAGAUCCGGACGGUAUGUUAAUUUAUUCAUUCUGUUGACUGUUUUGUGUAGAUAUCCGAUGCCAUUUUGUAUUUACAGACUUUGUGUUCGGGAGGCUUGUGUCCGCAUUUGGCUUUCAUUUUUUAAAUAAAUGCCAUUUUUGAA